AUAGCAUCCUCACAGAGAGGCCACUGCUCUUACAAAAUACAAAUAACAUUCUCUCUCUCUUUUUUACUCUUCCUCUUCGUUACUCUUCUUUUUCAACCCUUUAUUGCUUUGGUUCCAUUACGGAACCAAAGUAGGUAGUAGCUUCCAUAUAAUAACUGGCAUGAUAAGUGUUAUGAUCAUGCAAUUAUCAAACUAGCUAGCACCAACACCACUUUCAUUCCUUAGUUCAUUUUCUGCUCUCUCAUUUCCUCAAACCAAAGUGAAAAAAACACAACAACGUUUUAUAUUAUAAGAUCCAGAAGAGCAGAUGGAAGCGUUUCAAGGGGCAAGGGAUGAUGUUACCUUCCAAAUGGGGUUGAUUUGGGGCCAAAUCAAAGAGCCACUGAUCGUGCCAAUGCUGAGAGUGGCAGUGUUUCUGUGCUUGCUCAUGUCGAUGAUGAUGUUGUUGGAGAGAGUGUACAUGGGCAUUGUCAUUUGCUUGGUGAAGCUUUUUGGUCGAAAACCCGAAAAGCGUUACAAAUGGGAGCCUAUGAGGGAUGACGUUGAAUUGGGAAACUCUUCUUACCCAAUGGUUUUGGUCCAAGUCCCAAUGUACAAUGAAAGAGAGGUUUAUCAGCUAUCAAUUGGUGCUGCAUGUGGGCUUUCUUGGCCUUCAGAUAGGAUCAUCAUACAAGUUCUUGAUGAUUCUACUGACCCAACAAUCAAGGAGUUGGUGCAAAUGGAAUGCAGUAGAUGGGCAGGCAAAGGGGUGAACAUAAAGUAUGAGGUAAGGGACAACAGAAACGGGUACAAAGCAGGAGCACUAAAAGAGGGUAUGAAGCGAAGCUACGUGAAGCAAUGUGAUUAUGUAGCCAUUUUUGACGCGGAUUUUCAACCAGAACCUGAUUUCCUCUGGCGCACCGUCCCAUUCCUUGUCAACAACCCUGAACUUGGUCUCGUUCAGGCACGCUGGAAGUUUGUGAAUGCCAAUGAAUGUUUGAUGACAAGGAUGCAAGAGAUGUCACUGGAUUACCAUUUCACUGUGGAACAAGAAGUGGGGUCUUCCACUUAUGCUUUCUUUGGCUUCAACGGAACUGCGGGUGUAUGGAGAAUUUCGGCUCUGAAUGAGGCUGGGGGGUGGAAGGAUAGGACCACAGUGGAAGAUAUGGACUUGGCUGUCCGAGCCAGUCUCAAAGGAUGGAAAUUCUUGUACCUAGCCAAUUUGAAGGUUAAAAAUGAAUUGCCAAGCACUUUAAAGGCCUACCGCUACCAACAGCAUCGUUGGUCUUGUGGGCCAGCCAAUCUUUUCAAGAAAAUGGCCAUGGAGAUUAUUAGAAACAAGAAAGUGUCCUUGUGGAAGAAGAUUCAUGUGAUCUACAGCUUCUUCUUUGUCAGGAAGGUUGUGGCCCACGUCAACACUUUUAUGUUCUAUUGCAUUGUGUUACCAGCAACAGUUGUGGUGCCUGAGGUUGUGGUCCCCAAGUGGGGUGCUGUGUAUAUCCCUUCCAUCAUCACACUCCUAAAUGCUGUUGGAACUCCGAGGUCACUUCAUUUAUUGGUCUUCUGGAUUCUCUUUGAGAAUACCAUGUCUCUGCAUCGAACAAAGGCAACAAUUAUUGGUCUAUUAGAGGCAAAUCGAGUGAAUGAAUGGAUUGUCACUGAAAAGCUUGGAGAAGCUCUCAAGGGUAAAGGUGGAGGCAAAGCACCCAAGAAGAAUCGUUUCAAGAUUGGAGACAGGAUCCAUAUAUUGGAACUUCUUGUUGGAUUCUACCUCUUCUUCUGUGGCUGCUAUGAUUUUAUGUUUGGGAAGAAUCGCUUCUACAUAUUCCUAUUUAUCCAAUCGUUUGCUUUCUUUAUCAUGGCAUUUGGAUAUGUUGGCACUUUCGUUCCCCACUCCUAG